GUUCACUCAAGACUGUCACCUUAUUCGACGCGGAAUGCCGAUAAGUCCCCACAAAUCAAACAUGACGAGUUCUUCCGAAGUAAACACAAAUUGUAUUCAACGCAGUAUGUAAAUGGCUUCAUAAAUAAAUUCUUGAAUCAUGGAAAAUAAUGCAUAUGAAAAUUCUGAAACGAAUGGAGGAGUAAUUGAGAAUGAUACCCGAAAAAGAUAUUUGACAGACAGCACAGAGUCGCAGGAUACUAGUGAUGUCAGUAUAGUGCCUGAGAGGGUCCAAAUGAAGAAAAAUGUCGGACUUAUCAGCGGAACCUCUCUAAUAGUAGGCACCAUCAUAGGAUCUGGAAUUUUUAUAUCACCAAAAAGCGUGUUGGACAGGACCGGAUCUGUGGGACUGAGCCUUGUUGUCUGGGUAGCCAGUGGAUUCUUGGCCUUGCUUGGUUCAUUGUCAUAUGCUGAGUUAGGAACUGUCAUAAGGAAAUCAGGUGGGGAAUAUGUGUACAUUAAGGAGGCUCUGGGAGAGAUUCCCGCCUUCCUGUUUGCAUGGACAUCUGUCAUGGUGGUUCGAACCUCCUCUAUGGCUAUCAUUUGUCUGACUUUUGGCGAAUACAUGGCUACCUUUUUCCCGUAUUGUGGAUCACCAGUCAUCCCGAUGAAAAUUGUUGCUGCUCUUGCCAUUGUAUCCCUGGGAGUCAUCAACAGUUACAGUACAACACUGGCAGGAAGAACUCAGGUCUUCUUCACUGCCGUCAAACUAUUAGCUCUUGUCGUCAUUGUCGUCGGAGGAAUCGUCAAACUCAUCCAAGGAAACACGUCUCAAUUUGAAAACAGUUUUGAGGGCACUACGACCUCUCCCUCCAGUAUUGCUCUGGCGUUUUACAACGCACUGUGGGCUUAUGAUGGCUGGAAUAACCUGAAUUAUGUUACAGAAGAAAUAAAAAAUCCAGCUAAAAACCUUCCUCGGGCUAACGUCCUGGGUGUAAUGAUCACCACCAUCAUUUAUCUAUUGGUCAACAUCUCCUAUCUCACUGUCAUGACUUCAACAGAGCUUCUAAACUCAUCGGCUGUGGCUGUGACCUGGGGUGACCGCGUCCUUGGAGCGGCUGCUGCAUUGAUGCCUCUAGCCGUGUUGUUCUCAACGUUCGGUGCUGCAAAUGGAACUUUGUUUGGUGGUGGAAGAGUUGUGUAUGUAGCUGGCAGAGAAGGGCACCUUCCAGAGAUGUUGUCAUACGUGCAUUGUAAAUAUUACACGCCAUUUCCCUCGGUGAUAUUUACAAUUGUGAUUUCCCUGAUUAUGAUAAUUCCUGGAAACAUUGGGUCGCUGGUAGACUUCUUUAGUUUUUCCGCCUGGUUGUUUUAUGGUCUGACGGUCACGUGCCUCAUCAUCUUCCGGUUCACAAAGAAAGAUGUAGAGAGGCCUAUUAAGGUUCCUAUUGUGAUACCCAUUCUCUUUGUUCUGAUCGCUAUAUACCUUGUUAUUGGACCAAUCAUAGAAGAUCCACAAAUUGAACUCCUUUAUGCGUUCCUAUUUAUUAUCGGAGGUCUCCUAUUUUAUUUCCCGUUCGUCUAUUUCAAGCUGAAAAUUAAAGGUUUUGAGGGGUUAACAACGGGAGUUCAGCUUCUUUGUGAGGUGGUCCCAAGUCCAUACGAACCAGAAAAAUGAAACCACGCUAAAACAAAACAUGGACUGUAUAUACAUUGCCUACUUUGUUCACAAUUUUUCAUUGAAAUGAACAACGUUAUUCCUAUGGGUCAUGUAAAACUCAAAGGAAAUGUUUAUGUUCAAGGAAAGUGUAAAUGAUGCAAGGUUAAGAAAUAGUGCACCAAAUUUCAAUGAUUCAAAUUGAUUGAUCUCAAAAAUCAAAAGAAUAUGCAAGUGCUUGGUCACUGGGGGAAAAUAUGCACAGAGAUGAACAUCGAAAUGUAGAUAAAUUUGUUAAUGUUCAAUAUGUAACAAAAAUGACAAGUAUGUAUGCUUUGACAAAUAGCUUUAUCACUCUAUAUUAAAAUUUCCAAUGUCUUUGUCCGAGAUAAAAUUACAAAUUGUAAAUGUACUUUUUCCCCCAUCAAUGUAUUGGCGCAGUUCCAAAAAAAACCACGUGCAGGGCGGGACAAACAGCUAGUAAGAAGCAGGACUUGGAGCACGUGGAUUGGCAGAAUCAAAGCAUGUAAAUAUAAGGAAUAACUUCAGAUUUUUCAAUUUUAUGACGAUGAUCAAUUUUAUGCAUAAACGCCUUCGGCGUUUAUGCAAAUUAUCACGCAAGCCAAUCGAUUGAUCACAUAAAGAAAUUGAAAAAUAAGACAGUUAUUCCUUAAUUCAAUGAAAAAAAGAUGUUAAACCAAGCUUCUUUUGGAUAAUUAUUACUAAUAUUAGUGUUUUACAUCUUCUUUUUGAUGACGUACAUUCUUACAACUCUUUUUCACAGCAAUAAACUAUUUUUACAUGUUAAUUAUGAAAAGUUAUUGCAACAAGAGAGAUAGAGGUGAGGAUAUACCCUAUUUCAAGCUUAUGAAGUAUUCUAAACCUUAUUUUUGUAACUAAGUAUGUAAACCUUAGUUAUUAAGAAUGUAUUAAAUCUGAAAAGAUAUAAAAGAUCAAAUACUUUAUACAUGUAUGUCAUGUCAGUGUUCAUAUUUUGUUAUUUCACAGCUUCAUUCAUAUUGUAUUAUUUGAAUAUUUAUGUUGAGAGAAUUUAAAUUCAUCAAUAAAUAUGUUUUAUGAAUAAAGCUUAAUAUUUUAAU